AUGGACAGCUCUGAGCCUUUGCGGGCCGUUGAGCCUCGUCCAAUAUCAUCACCCCAACUCCAAGACAAGACCAGCCCCCAUCUCUCAAGAACCACAUCCGCGCCCCAGGUGGGCUUCGCGCCCGCCCAGAUCCCCGACCAUCCGAGCAGCAUGCUCGACGUGCCCCGUGCCUCCAACAACUACGGCCAGUCUCUCACCUCGACCCUCCCCCAGCCCACAGACAUUGGCCAGCUGCGCAGCCAGACGCAGUACAACCUGCGCGAGUACCAGGCCCUGCAGCGCCGGCGGAUCCACCACGACGGUAACGCGAGCACCACCAGCCUCGAUAUCGACAGCAAGCUGCGCACGCAGCAGGGCAUGGUGCUCGCCAGUCUGCGCCAGCUGCAGGACGAGGUCAAGAGCAAGGUGAGGGAAGCCGAGAACCACCGGUGGCGAAAGUGGUUACUCGGGGGAGCCAUUGCCUCCUUCAUCCCUCUUGUGCGCAAGAUCUUCCGACGGGGCUCUGAUCCUGAGUCGGACAGCUCCGCCAAUGACACCGAGUACGCCUUCAAGCGGUCCCACGGGUUGGUGUCCUACCUCAAAUCCAGCGUCCUAGGCAAGGGCGGGUUCGCGAGCAUGGCGUUCUUCGUCUUCGCCGUGCUGUACGUGUUCCAGAACGAGGUCUCGCUCCGGGUGGCCAAGACCGUCCAGAAGCGGGUGCGCAAGUUGACCGCGCGGAUUGAGCGUGGUGACCCCGACAUUGACGACAGGGACUUUAAGCUCCUGGAGGGAUGGCGCUGGCGUGUCCUUUUGUGGUGA